CGAUUUGAACCGGAUGACGUGGGUUUGGGCAUUAGUUCUAGAAAACACAAAUCUCACAGGAUUUCGGUGUUGGCGUUAUUUUUUUUAAAGCCUUUUUGUUUCAAAUCGUUUGAUGACACUUUGGGUUAUCUGAUCCGGUAUCACUGAUCCAGUUUCAUUAUUCACAACGCGAAGAAUCUCGUUUGUAUAUCUGAUAAAUCCACAGUUCUUGGGGGUUUAAAUGUACAACAGCUGAUCCAACAUGACGACCAGAAGCUAAAGCUAGUUGAUUUAAUCGAGGGAUUUCUCUUCUUCUUUCUUUUAUAAUACUCGUUAUAUAAAACAAUCUACCUUUGGUUUAUAUUUAAAGUAGUAAAAGUAAAAUAAGUAGUUAUCGGUAGGACAAGUGUUAGCUAUUUCUAUUAGCUAAGUGAGCUUUGGACAGUGUUAGCAGUCACUAUGGAUUUCGAUAGCGUGCUGUCCAUCGCCUCCCAAAAUCAAGGGCUUAGCAGCGUACCGAAACGGUACAGCUUGAAAACUGGACCUCCCAAAAAAGAUGUCAAAAUAAAAGGAGUCAAUUCAUCUGCUGUACAGGCCUUUCUGAAGAAGCAGGCCAUAGAUCAAAGAAAGAAAGAACUGGAGAGUAAGAAGGCAAAAGAGGAGCUACUGGCCAAAAGAGUGGAGCUUAAAUCAGACAGGAAGGCACGAGCGAUGGCUUCACGGACCAAGGACAAUUUCAGAGGUUACAAUGGCAUCCCCGUUGUCGAGCAGCCCAAAAAGAGGCGAUCAAAGGGGGAGAUGUUUGAGGAACAGGAAAGAACAGACACGUAUGAUGAUGAUGAUGAGGACAAUUACAACUACGAGGGUACAGAUUCCGAAUCCGAUGAGCAAAACAGUCAGGUUAAGUUUAAGCCUCAGCCUCGUGCCGAAAGCUCAAACAAAGUCGACAGCAAGCCGAAAAAACCCAGUGCUUCAGCUAGGCCUGCCCCACCACCAAUGAACUUUGCAGAACUUUUGAAGCUUGCACAGAAAAAACAAUUCGAACCUGUUGAACUGAAACAAGUAAAGAAGACAGAAGAGAGGCCUAGAACUGCAGAGGAGAUUCGAGAACUUGAAAUGGAGCGUAAAGUUAAAAAUCAAGACAGAGGGAAGGAUGUGAAACCUGACAAGAAUUCAGGGCAAAAGGACAACAGAUCUCAGUCCAGCUCAAAUUCCCAAAAGAAACCCAUAGAUGGUGACAACAGAAAUGGGAAGUUGCCCAAGCCAGCUGGAGAUAAGUAUUCAUCUGCCAGUACCAGCAAAAAGCCAAAGCCCAAAACCUCCAACGAAAGACCACAUGGUUCUGCCAAACCUACCGAAAACAGAACCAACUCUGGCUCCUCGGGUGCCUUAAAUAAUAAAGUUGCCAUAAAGACCGGUCCCUCAUUUCAGGCUAAACAAGCACCACCCAGACCCCCACAGAGCCAAAGGCCCACAACCUCAAGUGACCUUACCCCAAAGAAGGGGAAUAUCUCAGUACCUCAAGGAAAACCAAGUAUUUCUGGAAUUCGCAGUGGAGUUGCAUCCGAUCCCGCUAGAUCAGGUCAAGGACCUCAAAAAAGCUCAGACAGAGGUGGGCAUCCUCAGAAACUGGUAAAACCAGGAAAUGUACAACGACCCGGGAGCGGUGCUCCACCUCGGCCGGGUAGCAAUGGACUUGUACGACCCUCUUCCGGUGAUUCCUCAAAGCAACCAAGACCGGGUGGUAGCCUGCAAGGGCAGCAGAUUCCUGGAGGCUCCAGGGCCCCUUUAAAUGGACCAAGCCGGAUGAGAGGCGGUUUUUCCGGGAGGCCAGUAAACGGCAUGGGCUCAGGUCCUGGUAGACCACAGUGUACUGUUAUUUCGGAGACUAUUUCUUCAAAGAACUUUACACCAAGACCUGGUAUGAUGGCCCAAAGGCCUCCAGGACCCCAAGGCCCCAGAACGAUGAUCGACGCCUCAGGUCACAGAGUCUUGGUUAGACCUCCUGGACCACCGCUGCCGCCAAUAACAUCCAGCUAUAAACGACAGUACGAGGAUGAAGAAGAUGAGUACGACUCGGAAAUGGAUGACUUCAUUGACGAUGGCGAGCAAGAUCCAGAUGAAAUUUCAAAACAUAUCAGGGAAAUCUUUGGUUAUGACAAGAACAAAUAUAAAGAUGAAAGUGACUAUGCACUGAAGUUUAUGGAGAGCAGUUGGAAAGAACAGCAAAAAGAAGAAGCUAGAAGCCUGCGAAUGGCAGUGUUUGAGGACCAGGAGGAGGAAAGAAGAGAGCUCGAGGAGAUGCAACGCAAGAAUCCCAAGAAGAGAAAAAUCUGACAUAACUGUCUUUGAUAUUCCCUAUGCGCAAGAGGACCUUCGAUCAUAGCAUUUUUAAUGACUUCUUUUCUUGUUUCUGCUUCUUCAGUUUACGUCUCGGUAUCAAAGAAGACGAAGAAGAAAUGCUUUUGGAGGAGCAGGAGAUGAAGAGAAAACUAGCAAUGAAAGCGAAGCGGAAAAAGAUUUAAUUGAAUGUGUACGAUCAUGUCUUAUUAAAAUGGAUGGGAAUGAAAGGGUUCGGGCGGAAAUAAGUUGCCUUCCUUGUGCCACAGAUGUUGUUACACUAUUUAUUUGAAUGCUCAAGUCACGGGAGCAGGUUGCACUACCGAAAGCCCAUCUUUUGCAGCUGAGCUUCAGAGAGUAUAAUAUAUAUAAAAAAUUAUAUCUGAGAAUCACAAUGUCCAUUUUUUUGUAUAAGUAAUGAAGUUACAUUACGUGUGGAGGCCUUGCAUCUCAAGCACCAACUGCUUUGGUCCUAAAUUAGGGAGAUUUGUUUUAUUAUUUGUACUAUUUAAGUGGCGAAGAGAGACAGAGACUGCCAUUUUUGCUAUGUAUUUUUUGUUAAAGUGAUUUGACAAA